CUGUUGCCUGCAUCACACUGCCUGUUGGGGUUUGGAUCUUUCCUGUCUCCCAAGGGAUCCUGUGUCGAAGGUCCCAGAUGACAGUGUCUUUGGAGCCUUUAGGCGAUGGGGCCUAGAGGAAGGAAGGAAUGGGAGGUCACUCAGCCUGUGCCCUUGAAGGAACAUUGGGGCUGGACGGGUUCUAAGGAGUCCGGGAGCUGAGCGGUUGUCAGCUGCGCGGGGUCACGCGGUCUUCCCGCCUGGCCCAGUCCACGCGCGGGUCCACGCGCGGGUCCCCGCCCCAGGGCCCCCAGGACCAACGGCUCAGACCCGCGCCCACAUCAGCGGCCACCGAGGGGCAGCGAGGGGCCCCUCCGAGCGGUGACUGUCCCAGGCCCCUGGGGACCACAGGGGACACAGCUUCCCUCUCCUAGACAAGAAAAUGAUCAUUUCAAAGUAGGCUUCCCCUUUCCUCGUCCAUCCCCGAGUCCGUGGCAGACUCUGGGCUUGAGUGUGACCCUGGGUUCUGAUUCUGCAAGACGCGCCCUGUGAUCCACGUUUGUGUCCAUGCAGUGGGCGAAACAGUGUCUACCCCGGUGGACUGGGCUCAGCACACCCGUAACUUUACAGAAACGCAGAUUCUCUGUUCCACCCCAGCUGCCUGAAUCGGACACGGGUGGAAUCCAGCAAGAUUCAGUUUAACAAGCAGAAACUUCAAAAAAGGAUGCGCUAGAUUUAAUUGAAAAUGUUAAGAUUGCCCAAAAAAGGAUUACUUAGAGUUGAUCAAGCUCAAGAUGAACAAACCUACCUUGAAAAUUUAGCAGUACAGAGAAAUGCUUCUGCUUUUUUUGAAAAUUAUGAUCAGAGUGAGAUACAAGAGUUAUUAACUACGGCACUAGCCAGGUGGUUGUCUACAAAAGAGGAUGGGUGCUCUCAACUGGAGUUCCCAAGUGGAAUUAUGAGUCAAAUGAACAAUGUCAGUUUCUCCACUGCGAUUCUACUGAUGCCGGUGGACCCUACCACCCUCUUAGACUACAGAGAAGUCCAUCAGAUCAUAAGGGAGUUGGCUGUUGGAAUUUAUUGCUUAAAUCAAAUUCCUUCCACCAGUUUAGAAGCUAAUUAUGAUCAGAGUUCUUCUUGUCAAUUACCUCCAGCUUAUUUUGAUACCAGAAUUGGGCAGAUUCUGAUCCGUAUUGACCACAUGUUGAAAGCACUGUGGCAUGGAGCAUACAUGCCCAAAGAGAAAUGAACCAUGUUCUCCGAAAUGUGGCGUACCAUCUUGGACAUUGAUCCAGACGGGAAGCCUCAAACAAUUAAAGAGAUUUUUGCAGCGUUUAGUUCAGCAGUUCCCUUUCAUGGCCACUGAAGCUUUGCCAUCACAUAAUGCAUUGGUGAAGAGAAUAUGGCAGGAACAAGCUCUUAAAAAUAUGUUAAAUUCCACCCAGAAGUGCUGUCACUGCCAGGAGUAUAGGAACUCCAAGCCUAUUUCAGGGUUGGUUGAUAUUACACAGGAUCCAGACUUUAAUGGAAUCUAUGAUGAAGACAUGAAUGAAGAUCCAACAUAUGAUCCAAAUAGCCCUGAAGAAAAAGCUAGACUACAGCAAAGAUUAUACCUUCAAAAAAAGGUUAUUCAAAAACACUUUGAGAAGAAAAAAGAAAUCAGAAAAGGGAUAGGCUACCUAAAGUUGAUAUGUUUUCUGGUUCCAUUUUUACUAAGUUUGGAAAAAAAGAUGAAAAUUCCAUAUUUAAGUAGCCUGCUUCAGCCUUUUUCAGUUUGUUUUCAUUUGGGGAGAUGACAAGGUCAAGACAGAGCGAGAACUGCCUCCGUUUAUUUAUGGACGAGAUUUUAAAUGCCAGAACUUUCACUACAAAGAGAAUCAAUAUUUUCAUGUUCAUGGAGGAAUUGAAUUUGACAUCACCACCCCUUCAAUUGAGAAUGCUUUGGAUGAUUUUAAGGUUUACGUUAUUGUUGUUUCUGAGAUGGUUUGUUGUUUCACAACUCUUUUUCUCCUAUUUUCUAACCAGAAAGAGCUUCUAUCAAUAUAGGCACUAUGCAGGUGUCCAGAGAAUUGUCCUCUCAACUCACUAACUUUUUCAUACUUUACUUUAACAUAAAUGAAUUAAGAAUAACUCUAUGUAAGGAACUGUGUUAGAUGUCAGGGAUAAAGUGAUAAAUAAGCUAGGUACAUACCUCAUCCUCACAGAAUUUACAGCCUUCUAAUAGGUUGUAUUUGUCCUAGAACCAUCAAUCAAAGGGUGUGGUAGAAAAUACUGAACACUCACUAUAAACCUUCCACUCUCCUCAAAGACUAGCACUAG